AUGACGCCCGACGAUCUAUCACAGGUGGGCAAGAGGUAUUACAAGAACUUCACCCUGUGCACGGAACACGGGGCUGCCACGGCGAAAUGCUUUUGGCCCAACCCCCUGGCCGAAGGCUUCAUCACCGGGAUCCACAGACAGUUCUUUUCAAACUGUAGUGCGGAAAAAAUCAAUUGGGAGGACCCACCGGAUAAAAUUCUCAUCACCCUGAUUCUAAUACCUGUUCUCCUAACCAUGGCCAUGAUCGGGCUGGUGGUCUGGUGUAGCAAGAGGAGCGACAUUUUGGUGUAAUCUCUUCCUACCAUUCCUUUCAUUUUCUUUCUUGCUUCAGAAGGGGGUGGGGAGAGAGGAAAACCCUGUACGUUUUAUGCACCCCAGAGUUCUAAGGUGUGUGAAGCAAUAAGGGCGUGUGUGAAUUUUCCUGUAGCCACGCAACCCUACUACCUAUAGCCAUUACUUCUCCAAUGAUAUAAAUAUUAUGUUGACGAUGGGCGCGGUGGCUGAUGAUAACCGUGGUUCUUGUCAUGGAAGCCACAGCGAGAAAACUGAAGGCAUAACCUCAAUCCGCUAUCGACCGUUGAGGUUUGUUUUGUAGAAACUCAAGAUGGAAACCCAACAGCUGAACUAAAUCUUUUAACUUGGCUCUCUGUGUGUGUGUGUGUUACAGAGCAGAUGGGCACACACGCUGAACAUCCACCGUGUUUCCUCUAAGCCUCCCCUGGAACUUAAAGUGAACCAUUGAGGCUUUCAGGUGUGAACUUUAGUGAUUUCCUCACCAAAGAGACAUUACCUGAGUAUUGCUGAAGGAUGCCAUUUUCUUCUUUUCCCAUUUCGGAGGCAUAUAAACGUGGGCAAAGUCUAAUUAUACUCCGAGCAACAAAUUGACAGCGAAUCAGCUCACAACUGUGAGUGGACUCUUCUCCGUGUAAGGAGAUCUCAAAAAAAGCUCCUUAAGGGCUGACAUCUUGCCGCUCAAAGCCUGCAGAGGAAGAUGACAGGAUUCUUUUUGCAGGGCCCAAAAGAUAGUAUAGGAUCCUGGGAGGGCUAUGAAAUGGUUCAUUAAAAGUGGCGAAAAGAACUGUUCUAUGCCUUGCUUUAGAAACAAACAAAUAAAAACCACUACCAUUAAUAUUGUUAACUUAAGCAGCAUUAUUUUCCUGUGAAUUCCAAAGUCUUUUGUGCUUGUGAUAUGCUUUAAAUAGACAGCUCUAAUGAUGAGAAGAUACUGCAGCUAAGUUAGUACAGGUGCCUUUCAGAGCUUUGUGUAUUGGGAUAUUUUUCUUGACCAUUCCAGAGGAACUCCGCUCAGAAGUCUUAACGUUACUUGGCAGGCGGCAUCUAUAUUAGCGUUGCCAGACAAAUAAUUUCUGCUUAUCUCUCAGUAAGCAUCAGAUUUGCCACCCAUGAAGCCGAAUGUUCUUGUUUGAGUACCGAGACCUUUCAGUCAUAAACACGAUUGUUCUCGUACCUCCCGUCAUUAAAUAAAGCUAGAAGUGUUU